AAGAAUUUCAACAGAAGAAGUCAGACCGGAGGAUACCGGACCAACAUGGCGGCCGUGUGGAGGCUUGUAAACAGAAGUGCCUUGAGCUCAGCCGCAAUCGGACAACAGUAUCUACCGUUCAGCUCCACCGCGAAGGCUGGUGUAAGAGCAGGUUACACCCUGCCAGAGAAAGUGAAAAUAGUGGAGGUGGGACCCAGAGAUGGCCUUCAAAAUGAAAAGACUAUCGUGCCAACAGAGACCAAAAUCCAUUUGAUAGACAUGUUGUCAGAGUCAGGGCUGUCAGUAGUAGAAGCCACCAGCUUUGUAUCGCCAAAGUGGGUUCCACAAAUGGCAGACCAAGUGGAGGUGAUGAAAGGGAUCUGCAGGAAACCUGGGGUGUCUUACCCGGUCCUCACUCCCAACCUCAAAGGAUUCCAGGCUGCUGUGAAGGCUGGCGCCUCCGAGGUCGCCAUAUUUGGUGCUGCAUCUGAGAUGUUUAGUAAAAAGAAUAUCAACUGCUCAGUGGAUGAAAGUUUACGGCGCUUUGACGAGGUCGUAAAAGCGGCUAAAGAGGCUGGCGUGCCUGUCAGAGGCUAUGUGUCUUGUGUUCUUGGCUGCCCAUACGAAGGCAAGGUUCCUCCUGAAAAAGUUGCACAUGUGGCAAAGCGUCUGUACUCCAUGGGCUGCUAUGAGAUUUCCCUCGGCGACACAAUUGGAGUGGGCACUCCAGGCAGCAUGCAGGAAAUGCUGGCAGCCGUGAGCCGCGACGUGCCAGUCAAGGCCUUGGCCGUGCACUGUCACGACACGUACGGGCAGGCCCUCGCAAAUAUCCUUGUAGCCUUGCAGAUGGGAGUGAGUGUGGUGGACUCUUCCGUUUCCGGGCUAGGUGGUUGCCCUUAUGCACAGGGUGCUUCUGGAAACGUUGCCACAGAAGAUGUUGUCUACAUGCUUCAUGGACUUGGGAUUCAAACUGGAGUGGACCUCGCCAAGCUGAUGGACGCAGGAGCUUUUAUUUGUCGAAGCCUUAAUAAGAAAACCAGUUCUAAAGUGGCUCAGGCAACCUGCAAACUGUAGGAACAUUUUUAGUCGUGACGAUUUCUAACUCUGCGCUUCCAUCAGCACACACACAUACCGAAACUGUUCGCUUGCUCCUCCAUAUUGUUUUUUUGUCUGCCAUCAUGACAAUGUCCCUUUGAUAUUUGCGUCAUGCGUCAGAAAUACUAUUCAACUCAGUCAUUUGAAUCUCUUUGUAUGACGGCAUUGUUUGGACAGUGCCUUAAAUAGAGCCAGUCUAGUUACAUUUUGAUUGAUCAACUCACUGUUGAUGAAAGGUUGUGUUGGUCCUGAAAUCUCCAUUUCUAUUACUUCCACUCACUCUUGAAAGAAAUUUGUAAUUGUGAGUAUUUUUUCAUGCAGAAUUUAAAGUGUAAUGUGUUAUUUAUUUUGUCAAAUGCUGUACAUAUAAAACUUGAAUGACAGAAAUUAACACUUUGGUCCAUUCAAA